AUGGUCCAGCCUUCUCCUUUAAGAAACCGAGUGGAUGGUGGAAGGAACUUACGGGCAAAAGGGCUUCUAAAAGCUCUCAAAGAUUGCCUUCAAAUAGAGUCGAGGCGGUUUCAUAGGUUAGAAUACGAUUAUUGCUACGAUAAUUCGGAUUAUGAUUUUUUUAACGAUGAGGGGUUAUGGGAUAACUAUAGUAUUAUGGACGAGUGA